CGAAGCUCACGCUCAUACAACAAACAACCAGCACCAGUCAAUGUUUAGCAUCUUGCCAGCCAACAAGCAGGGUACAAGUGCUGCUACAGAUCGCUCGCUCAGCAAAGUGCUUCCUCUCCCGAUAUAAUUAGCCACCAGCAAUGAACAACCAGCAACAGUCACUGCUCAGCCAGGCCUUCGACGUGCUCAGCUCCGAAGCCAAAGAUCUAUUUCUGGGACCAAGCAUUCCCGAAACGUUCGGCGUGCCAACGGCCCUCGAGUUCGUCCGGGACAAUGUGGCCAAGAACGUGCCGCUGGUCAUCCGGGAGGCCACCAACGAUUGGCCAGCGGUGGAAAAGUGGAACUCCAAGUACUUUCGAGAAACGCUGGCGGACAAGGAAGUGACGGUGGCCAUCACCCCGAACGGAUACGCCGACGGGUUGGCCCGGCACGACGGCCAGGACUACUUUGUGCUGCCACUGGAGACCCAGAUGACGAUGGGCGAGUUCCUGGACUCGUUGGACCGGAAAGAACCCGAGAACAUCCUCUACAUCCAGCGGCAGAACUCCAACCUGACCGAGGACUUCCAGGAGCUGUGGCAGGAUGUCCUGACGGAGAGGCUCAGCUUUGCCGCCGAGGCAUUCAACAAGGAACCGGACGCGAUCAACUUUUGGAUGGGAGAUGAUCGGGCGGUGACUUCUAUGCACAAGGAUCCGUACGAGAACAUUUACUGCGUCAUUUCGGGGUAUAAAGAUUUCGUUUUGAUACCGCCCGUGGACGUGCACAAUGUGCCCCGGAAACGAUACCCGAUGGGCAUUUACAUGCAGGAGGACGAUGGCAAAAUGGUUAUCGAACCAAUUUUGGAUGAAAUCGGCCACCCCCGCCUCAUCGAGUGGGUCAGCGUCGAUCCGCUCGCGCCGGACCUGGACCGCUUCCCGCAGUACUCGCGCGCCACCGCCUACGAGAUACGCGUCAACGCCGGCGACAUCCUGUACCUGCCGGCCCUCUGGUACCACCACGUGCGCCAGAGCCACAAGUGCGUCGCGAUCAACUUUUGGUACGACAUGGAGUACGACGCGCGCUACUGCUUCUACAAAAUGAUGGAAAAGCUGUGCGGAUACGGCGGCGGCGCCGACGAGGAGGACAAUUGAGUUUGAAGAAGUUUGAUUUGAGGUGUUUUUGUUUUUAAAGUAAUUUUCGUUGUAUAUUUUACAAUUAUCAUGCAAAUACAGAAGCUGUUGACUUGA